AUGAAUACGGAAAAAAAUGUAAGCAACAAAACCUCCAUUGUAGCGGGAGCAGGCUACAGUGGUCGCAAUUCCACUGCCAAACACACACAGAACGCUCUUCAGCGCGGAGGUGCCGUUGUCAACGAAGACUCGGACCACGAAAGCGUCGGGAGCACCAACACAGCCGAGGAAGAGGCUCUUCUGCGUUCUCCGGUUAGGUCCAAUGGUGCUGCUUCGUAUAGCAAGAACAGACCAAGGAUCAAGCCUGAUAAAGAGAAGCUGAAGGCCAAAGCCCGAUACAAGGCUGCGGUCAAAGUGUGUGACCGAUUUCGCAGCAAGUCCAACCUGACGAAGCAAGAGGAGGAACGGUUGGCUUGGGCCAGAGGGGAGAUCAAAAAUGGCCGGGCCUUCUACGCAGCAAAGCCAAUGUUCGCAGCCUCGAACCCGAAGUAUGCGAACAAAAUCGAAGAAGAGCUAGCCAUCAAGAGGCAGCGAUCUGCGGAUAGUGAGGCCUCAGGGCCAUCAAAAAAGCAGAAGCACAGGCACGAGACGGCUAAACCUAAAAACGGAGACGAUAGACCUACGACGUCGAAAGCAGCGGUAGCGGCCAGUGAAAUUGCCAAGAGACACCUCAUAGUGGCACUCACUGACCGCAGCGACCAGCUGGGGCGAAUGUCGCAGGAACGGUGGAAGGUAGUGGAAAUGAAGCUACUGGAAACCUUGUUUACUAAAAUGGACGCGGAGCCGAACGCACCCAUGCCAGCAUUCGACGGAGCAGGGUGGUUCAGCGGCGUCAAAAUCAUAAAGUGCAAGGAUGACCCCACGCUCACAUGGCUAAAGGAAGCGGUAAAAACGCUUCUCGGCAUGUGGGAGGGGGCAUCGCUUGAACUUGUAGAUCGCAGCUGCAUUCCCUCAAUACCGAAGGCAAAGGUUUUCAUUCCGCGAGUGGUAAAACCGGAAUAUGUGCUGCGACUACUACAACGUUAA